AGUGGUGUGCUUUGAUUUCGAGAUGAUUAACAUUUUGAUUCUUGAUGUAUUCGUGCAGCCGCGCUUCUGAUCAUGUUCUAAAGCUAUUAGUUUUUUUUUUGUUUGCUCAAUGACGACCCUACUCUGGAUUUCGUGGCCUUCAGAUUUGUCCUUGUCAUGCAAGAGGAACAGAUAUUAUGCUGUGGUUUCUUGCUGCCAACCUUUUGACAUUGCCACCUACAACUCUGAGCAAAAGAUAUUACUUGGCAAUUCUUCCAAGCAAAGCAUCUAUUAUAGUAGAUGCGUUGAAAUAUAUUGAAGAGUUGAAGCAAAACAUCGAAGCAUGCAAGCGAGAUCUCGCGGAAGAAAGCUGCUUGCCCAUGGUUACCGUCGAAACCCUAGAAAAGGGUUUCUUAAUCAAUGUAUUCUGUGAUAAGAACCGCCCGGGAUUGCUUGUCUCCGUUCUCGAGGCAUUCGAGGAACUUGGACUUGAGGUGUUGGAUGCUAGCAUCUCCUGCGCUGACUCAUUUCGUCUUGAAGCUGUGGGAGGAGAACCGCAAAAUGAAAGCGUGGAUGCUCAGAUGGUGAGGCAAGUAGUGGUGCAAGCUGUUAAGAAGUGCGCGGAAAGUUAAAGGGAGCAGAAGACAAUCGGAGCAAAAGAGAGGUUUAGAAAACAGUAAUAAGAAAAUGAUAGCAGAUGACACAAAAGUUUUCUGUUAUUAUGGCUUCGAAAAUGUGCAACAAAUAAGAAACUCUUUUACUAUGGCAAAGACAGUGUGUGUGUGUGUAAUGC